AUGAAUGGUCAGCGAGGCGAUGACUUGGACGAUGACUUCGUGCCAGAUGAGCUCGUCGCUACUUCUGACGAGGAAGAUAAUGGUCCAGGCGAUGAUAUAAGUGGUCUUCUCAGUGCGGAUGAAGAUGUCGAGGAAGCGGAGGCUACUAUCAAAGAGAAAUCAGCGACAGAAAAGAAACGCAAGCGGAGAGAAAAGGAAAAGGAGCGCAAGGCCAAGAAGAGGAAAUUGGCAGAAACAGUCGAGGUUAUCGAGCCUCUUUCAGUGGCAGCGCAACCUGCUCACAAUCUUGCAGACUAUUUGUCAUCUAUGCAAGCCAAAGCUUUCCCUGCAAUGUCUGGGAUAGAACUCGGGGACGUCAUGAUUCCCGAAUCAUCGAUAGCGGACACGACGCUAUGGACGGGAUCGAGAUCAUUAGACCAUCUGGUUGAAUUCAUUAUCGAAGUUCUUCCGGCGCUGCACACUCGGCUAUCGCAAAGGUCUAAAGUUAAUGGAGCUCCCACCUUGCUGUUCAUUGCCGGAGCCGCACUCCGAGUUGCUGAUGCGACCAGAGUUCUCAGGGAUAAGAGACUGCGUCGUGAGAAAGGUGCAGAUGUAGCAAAGUUGUUUGCAAGGCACUUUAAGCUGGAAGAGCACGUUUCUUAUCUCAAGAGGUCAAAAAUUGGUUCUGCUGUUGGCACUCCUGGAAGAAUCGGGAAACUACUAUGUGAAACUGGUGAGCUAAAUACUACCUUGGAAAACAAUAUGUCUGAAACUUUCUCAGACGCCCUCUCGGUAGCUCAGCUCACACACAUUAUCUUGGAUGUAUCAUAUCAAGAUACGAAGAAAAGAAGCUUGCUUGAUAUCCCAGAGACUCGGGACGAAGUAUUCAGAACUGUCCUUGGGGCGCCGAAGGUACUCAAGGGUAUUCAAGAGGGGAAAAUCCAACUGGUGCUUUUGUAGUGGAUCCCACAAUCAUGAGGGAAUUAAGUUUGUUAAAAGUACGAUAACACAAUCUAUAUGUAUAAUGAGAGGGAGCACAUCGUUUAAAAGCCCUUCGGGUUGACUCUUAGUGUAAG